AUGCAGACCACCGGGGCAUUACUCAUUUCUCCAGCCUGGAACCUCUGUUGUACCUGGGGUCUAAUCAGGACUGUAUCUGCCUCCUUCUUGAAUAGCCCAGAGAAUUCACCUAAACAGCCUUCCUACAGCAGCUCCCCACUGCGGGUGGCCAGACGGGAGUUCCAGACCAGUAUUGUCUCCCGGGACAUUGACUUAGCAGCCAAGUUGAUUGGUGCUGGGGCAGCCACAGUUGGUGUGGCUGGUUCAGGGGCUGGCGUUGGAAAAGUGUUUGGCAGCUUGAUCAUUGGCUAUGCCAGGAACCUGUCUCUUAAGCAGCAGCUCUUCUCCUAUGCCACUCUAGGCUUUGCCCUAUCUGAGGCCAUGGGGCUCUUCUGUUGA